CUGGGUGUGCGCGCGUGGGAGCGCGCCUCCGAGCGCCCCGCACUCCGCGGGACCAGCCCUGGGGGCACUUGGGAAGGAGGGAGUGAUAGCUGCGGGAAUAAGAGGGAGCAAGAGAAACCCUCUCAAAGUGACGCCCCCAAACAGGUCCUGAUUUCGAAUUUGGAGCUAAAGACUGCUAGAAAUUGGGCCUCCUUCGCACACCCCUCUCCGCCCCCACCCCGAAGCCCCGGCGGUGUGCUGGCUGCGUGCUUCCCCGCCCCUAUCUCGGAGGUCGCGGGCCGGCGGGCGCUCCGUCGGCCGCGGCUUCCUCCUCGAAACCCGCCCGCGCGCAUGAGGCCGCUGCCCCCGCCACAGGCACUGGCGCCCCCCUCGCGGUGCCCGUGGUGAUGCCAUGCCCCGCCACCACGCGGGAGGAGAGGAGGGCGGCGCCGCCGGGCUCUGGGUGAAGAGCGGCGCGGCGGCGGCGGCGGGCGGGGGGCGCCUGGGCAGCGGCAUGAAGGAUGUGGAGUCGGGCCGGGGCAGGGUGCUGCUGAACUCAGCCGCCGCCAGGGGCGACGGCCUGCUGCUGCUGGGCACCCGCGCGGCCGCGCUCGGCGGCGGCGGCGGCAGCGGCGGCGGCCUGAGGGAGAGCCGCCGGGGCAAGCAGGGGGCCCGGAUGAGCCUACUGGGGAAGCCGCUCUCGUACACCAGUAGCCAGAGCUGCCGGCGCAACGUCAAGUACCGGCGGGUGCAGAACUAUCUGUACAACGUGCUGGAGAGACCCCGCGGCUGGGCGUUCAUCUACCACGCGUUCGUUUUUCUCCUUGUCUUUGGUUGCUUGAUUUUGUCAGUGUUUUCCACCAUCCCUGAGCACACAAAAUUGGCCUCAAGUUGCCUCUUGAUUCUGGAGUUCGUGAUGAUUGUCGUCUUUGGUUUGGAGUUCAUCAUUCGAAUCUGGUCUGCAGGUUGCUGUUGUCGGUAUAGAGGAUGGCAAGGAAGACUGAGAUUUGCGCGAAAGCCCUUCUGUGUUAUAGAUACCAUUGUUCUUAUCGCUUCAAUAGCAGUUGUUUCUGCAAAAACUCAGGGUAAUAUUUUUGCCACGUCUGCACUCAGAAGUCUCCGUUUCCUACAGAUCCUCCGCAUGGUGCGCAUGGACCGAAGGGGAGGCACUUGGAAAUUACUAGGUUCAGUGGUUUAUGCUCACAGCAAGGAAUUAAUCACAGCUUGGUACAUAGGAUUUUUGGUUCUUAUUUUUUCAUCUUUCCUUGUCUAUCUUGUGGAAAAAGAUGCCAAUAAAGAGUUUUCUACAUAUGCAGAUGCUCUCUGGUGGGGCACAAUUACAUUGACAACGAUUGGCUAUGGAGACAAAACCCCCCUAACUUGGCUGGGAAGAUUGCUUUCUGCAGGCUUUGCGCUUCUUGGCAUUUCUUUCUUUGCACUUCCUGCCGGCAUUCUUGGCUCAGGUUUUGCAUUAAAAGUACAAGAACAGCACCGCCAGAAACACUUCGAGAAAAGAAGGAACCCAGCUGCCAACCUCAUUCAGUGCGUUUGGCGUAGUUACGCAGCUGAUGAGAAAUCCGUUUCCAUUGCAACCUGGAAGCCACACUUGAAGGCCUUGCACACCUGCAGCCCUACCAAGAAAGAACAAGGGGAAACAUCCAGCAGUAAGUUCUGUAGUAAUAAGCAGAAGCUCUUCAGAACGUGCACCUCACGGAAGCAGAGUCAGAAGCUAAGUUUUAAGGAACGAGUACGCAUGGCUAGCCCCAGGGGCCAGAGUAUUAAGAGCAGACAAGCCUCAGUAGGUGACAGGAGGUCCCCGAGCACCGACAUCACCGCCGAGGGCAGCCCCACCAAAGUACAGAAGAGCUGGAGCUUCAACGACCGAACCCGCUUCCGGCCCUCGCUGCGCCUCAAAAGUUCUCAGCCAAAACCAGUGAUAGACGCUGACACAGCGCUUGGCACUGAUGAUGUAUAUGAUGAGAAGGGUUGCCAGUGUGAUGUAUCAGUCGAAGACCUCACCCCACCGCUUAAAACUGUCAUUCGAGCUAUCAGGAUUAUGAAAUUUCAUGUUGCAAAACGGAAGUUUAAGGAAACAUUACGCCCAUAUGAUGUAAAAGAUGUCAUAGAACAAUAUUCUGCUGGUCAUCUAGACAUGUUGUGUAGAAUUAAAAGUCUCCAAACACGUGUUGACCAAAUUCUUGGAAAAGGGCAAAUCACAUCGGAUAAGAAGAGCCGAGAGAAAAUCACAGCAGAACACGAGAGCCCCGAUGACCUCAGCAUGCUCGGCCGGGUGGUCAAGGUGGAGAAGCAGGUACAGUCCAUCGAGUCCAAGCUGGACUGCCUACUCGAUAUAUAUCAACAGGUCCUCCGGAAAGGCUCUGCCUCCGCCCUCACUUUGGCCUCAUUCCAGAUCCCACCUUUUGAAUGUGAACAGACCUCUGACUAUCAAAGCCCCGUGGAUAGCAAAGACCUGUCCAGUUCUGCACAGAACAGUGGCUGCUUAUCCAGAUCAGCGAGCGCCAACAUCUCUCGAGGCCUGCAGUUCAUUCUGACGCCAAAUGAGUUCAGCGCGCAGACUUUCUACGCGCUUAGCCCUACUAUGCACAGUCAAGCAACACAGGUGCCAAUGGGUCAAAGUGACAGCUCCGCAGCAGCGGCCGCCAGCAACAUUGCAAACCAAAUAAGUGUGGCACCUAAGCCAGCAGCCCCAACAACUUUACAGAUCCCGCCUCCUCUCCCAGCCAUCAAGCAUCUGCCCAGGCCGGAGACCCUGCACCCGAGCCCCGCAGGCUUACAGGAAAGCAUUUCUGAUGUCACCACCUGCCUUGUUGCCUCCAAGGAAAAUGUUCAGGUUGCACAGUCAAAUCUGACCAAGGACCGCGCUCUAAGGAAAAGCUUUGACAUGGGGGGAGAGACUCUGUUAUCUGUCCACCCCGUGGUGCCCAAGGACUUGGGCAAAUCUCUGUCGGUACAAAACCUGAUCAGGUCGACAGAGGAACUGAAUCUACAGCUUUCUGGGAGUGAGUCAGGUGGCUCCAGAGGCAGCCAAGAUUUUUACCCCAAAUGGAGGGAAUCCAAAUUGUUUAUAACUGAUGAAGAGGUGGGUCCCGAAGAGACUGAGACAGACACGUUUGAUGCCAUGCCGCAGCUUGCCGGGGAAACUGCUUUUGCGUCGGACUCUCUAAGGACUGAAAGAUCUCGAUCAUCUCGGAGCAUUUGUAAGGCAGGAGAAAGUACAGAAGCCCUCAGCUUGCCUCAUGUCAAACUGAAAUAAGGUCUCCAUUUUCCUUCUAGCAUAGCAGUUCCUUUAGCCAUACAUAUCAUUGCAUGAACUAUUUUGAAAGCCCUUCUAAAAAGUUGAAAUUGCAAGAAUCAGGAAGAACAUGAAAGGCAGUUUAUAAGCCCGUUAUCUUUUAAUUGCAUGAAAAUGCAUGUUUAGGGAUGGCUGAAAUUCCAAGGUACAUCAACUUUAACCCACUCAUUUAGUAACGUACCUUGUGUUAAAAAUCCUGAGAAACCAAACACUGCUAAUGCUAUGGGGUGUGUGAAAAUGUCAAGAUUAGGUCACUUAGAAGAUUUGACUCUGUGUUUUGAAAUUACGGGAGUAAACAACUUCAAAUUUCAGGCAUUUCUGCUUUGUGAUUAAAUACAAAAUACAUUUUCAAAAUUAGGCCAUAAUGUAUAUGUAAACACAAUGGCUACCAUCAACCGCUGCUAACAAGGUAUCGAGUAAAGCAGAACUUGGGAAUAAUAGAAAUGGCUGCUUCCUUCAAGAUAUAUUUGCCAACCCAUUCCUAUUCAGUCAUUUUAUUAUUAAUGUAAUUUGAAUGUCAGUCUGUGUGCUUUUGGUGAUUCAACGCUGUGGCAAGCAAUUUUGCACAUCAUUUUCAUGUUGUUCUUUAUGACAAGAAUGUUCUUCAAUUAGAAAGCGUGCAAAUAAUGAAAUUCAGGGCCAGUGGGGCAAAUAGACUAUCCGACACAAGUGAUUUCACGGGAACAUAGUCCCUGAUGGCUGAAUCAACUUUAUACGUGGUCAACUUCUACACGCGCGAAUACAGUACUCCUGAGUAGAAGGGCCGGUGCGCUGGGACUGAUCUCUCUGCAGUGCGCCCCCCUGGCUUGCCAGGGCUGCCCCAGUGUGAGAAACCAUAUCAAGUGUGAGAAACCAUUCCCGCUGAACUGAUAAUACAGGCAGGAUCCCGGGGAAUUAGACAUUUGGGUGAGACUGAGAUGAGAAAGGCUUGAAAAGAAUCCAGACACAACACCAGGAAGUAGGUGAAGUUAACAAAAAUAGCUUUGCCCUCAGAAGGCAAUGAGAGGGAGAAAAACAAACCAAAAUAGAAGAACUUGAUCUUUUUAGAAGAUGAAUAUUGCUAGGGAAUUCAACUACCUAAACAUCCCUUAUUCUUAUAUAUAAACGGAGAAUUUUGCAAGGUAUUUAUUUUUUACUACGCCCUGAAUGUUUUUUGCUAUUAACCUAGUACGUUUUGCAUAUGGAAGGCUAUAACUCAACUUCCUUUACUUUUUAUACUGUAGCGAACGUUUUCUAUGCUCCCCCAAGAAUGUUGCCCCAAACCUCUAAUUAAGGGUUCCGUUUCCUGGUGUACACAUUCACAGUUAGAAGCCAGGUACCCCCAGCAGGGUCUGCAAAUUAAAACACUUAAAUCAUAUAGCACAGCAGCAAGGACCCAAGGGAAACAAAAUGAGAGAUGCAUUUACCAGAAAGCAAGCCACGCCAACUGCUUGUUGGAAGCCUGUCUAGCAGUCUCAGAACUUCAGCCAAGGUAACAGCAUUCAAAAGGCAAGGGGGAGCCAGAGAGCACUUCGGUUCAGUUCCACUCCAGCCACAGGACUUACGGAAGGAAGAGUUUUUUCCUUGGCAGAUAGUGCUCCUCCAAAAAAACUUUCAGCAGCCAGGAAGACAAGGCAGGGAUAGCAACUGGCUGUCCAAAGGCAGGAGGAGGCCCUGAAAUCCACCAUCCUGCCCAACUGUCUCCCCCAGCAGGCCGUCUCCAAUCCCUGACUCUCCUCCUACCUUUCUUCUCCAUUAACUUCUCAGUUCCCUGCCACUGUUUUGCUCCUGAACUUCGCCAGGCUUUACCCGGUCUCCAUCCCCAAGUAAACCACUUCUCUGCUCUUCCUCAGAUAGGCUUCUCAACCUUUGGAAAUCCUUGUCCUUUUUGAUAAACACUGAAAUUCUAAACGCCUCCUCUUCUCAACCCACCUGGAUUCUAACACACUCCCUGGAGUGUAUCAUUCGGCAUCUUCUUGGCUGCUGGAGAGCAGAAGUUAGGGUCUAAAUUUUACACUCCGGUCAAAAAAAGAUUUUACCAAGCUUUUAAAGCAACGGUUUUCAUUUUUGAAGCAUAGAAUUUUAGUAAAUUAUGAAAUGCAAUUUUUCACCUACUCUGUCUCCACUCAAAUUGAACUUGUGAUACGCCCUCCCAAGGAGGUGGUACACACACACGCACACACACACCACACACACACACACACAUCAUUCCACUGACCUAAAGCCAGACACCCGCCAUGCACUUGGCAGGCUCUCUCCAAUUAUCAGUCAAGGAAGAGGAGGGAGGCAGCAGCUUUCAGGUGGCACUGAUUCCUGGACACACCCUGUCCUGGGUCGAACCCCACUGGCAGCAGGAAUUCUGAAUGUAUCGGGGACCCCUCCUUAGACCUCUCUAGGCCUCCGACACAGUACAGUUCAUCCAGCGUUGCUGAAGACUGAAGAUUCCGAAACAAGCCCUAAAUGCAUCACUGAGGUCUUAAUCAGAGCAAAAUGUGAUAAACCAUGAUGUGAAAAACUUUUAUACAUUGAAGCCAUGACCAUUAGUGUCUAUAUCUUACUCUAGCACAAACACUCUUGGAUGUUCCAAGGUAGUUGUAUGAAAGCUGUAGGGUUUUGUCUGUUGCGUUACUCUCUACGGAGUUGAGGGGGUCUCCCAUUUACUCUUAGCAAAGUCCCAUUGGUCGAUGCCAAAUGGUGUCUUAAAGCACAAUUUAGCUGAGCACUGAGCAGCCACAUGCUUUCUCAGUUCAAGUUUGCCUGCCUUCUUCAAUAUGUAGGGUGGAUCAAGCUAAAACUAGCAAACAUCCCUCAUAUGAGGUUGACUAAAAAUAUUGCUGUGUCUGGUCUAAAUGUUUGCAUUUUGUUCAAUUAAAUUAAUAUCUGUAGGUUGCAAGUUGUUUUAAGUAAGAGACACUUUAUUGAGUUUUUAAGUCUUUAUCUCCUGUUCAAAGGUGCCUUUCUCACCUCCCACUGACUCAGUGAUUCUGAAAGUUCAUAAUUUGCAGGUGAAACAAGUCUAAUAGAGAGGAGGAAAUCAGGCACAGUGACUAAUUCUCAUGCCCAUUGGCAAAGCAAAACUACAAGAAAGGAUGAAACCUGAGCAACUAAAUUAAUGGAUCACUUCAUCCAACCAGACUGAGAAAAUGUCAGAAACGUUAACUUAUCUCCCCAGAAGCUGAUAUUUUUUGCCUUAAAUGACAUGGUUGUGUUUUUGUAAGAGAAACUUAAUAAAAUUAUGUGCAUUUGAAGUGAGCAGUUCUAAAAGUCGAGUAUGACAAUACAGUUGUCUGUUCCUGAGAACAAAUCAAUCAGGAAUAUCACACCCAUCUCAAGCUAUCAUUGAAGUGUAAUCUCCUUUGCUCUCUUUUACUGGGCUCAUUUGUUUUAAAGUAAAACAUUAAAAAGAUGUCUAUAAACAGUGUGACUAUUUUUAUCUGGAACUAACUGGUUGGUUCUGAACUGACUGGUCCCAGUCAGCCGAACUGGCUGUGUACAGAUUUGGGGCUGAAACACAAAAGUUAUCUUCCUGCAGUGUCAGUGAAGAAAUCAUUGGUAAUUUGGGGAGGGGGAGAUUUGCAAAUGUUUUUGAGAGUGUAUCAUAAGAAAAAUUAAUUUGAUGUUAAUCAAAACUCAGAAAGCAGCACAUGUGAGCUUUGUAUUAACUAUAAUAAAAGGGUGUGCUAAACAAGUAAUAGGAAAUCACUGGGGGACCAGGCACGCGCGCCAACCUGCAGCCCCUGGCUACUCAGAACUACCAUGUUUAGCACCUAGCCAGCCCUGCCUUACCAGGGGAGGACUUCUCCAAACGGGAUCUUUUCCUUCUUCCCUAAGAUAGCCCGUUCCUUCUGUUUUCCUAGUAAUUUUGCUCUAAGUAUCCAUGAUUAAUUCAAGUGGAAUGUUAGAAGGACUCUGGAAUACUAAGUAACAAAGCCCUAACAGAGGCACUUGGGACAGAAGGAAGAAGUGAGGGAGGGUUAUCCUGGAGGAUAAGGUGAGGGGACUUCGCACUAUCGCUCUAUUGAGACCAAACAGGUAUGUGCCUAGAGAUGAGUGAAGAUAAAAUGGUUUAUGGAACAUGCCUGCUUGACCAGCUUACAAGUGUAAAUCACUUCCAAACACUUUUGAACUAGUUUAUAGCACAAUCUCUCACCCCACCAUUUAAAAACAAAAUUUACUUAUGACAACUAUUCUACCUUGACCAUUGAUAAAAAUAGUUCCCAUACCUGGAAGCAGCAACUGUCAUUAGCCUGGCUUUAAUUGCUUCAAAAAUGUGGUGCGAGUAAGAAUUGUAGCUUUUUUUUUAUUAAAUUUUCAUUACAACAAGAUGUCACCUUC